UUUAACACGUAAAUCAAACAAGGGCAUCACUCUCAAUCUGCACACUGAGUGGACCACACGUGUCAUCUCUCCUGGCAGGGACCACAGAGAAACUUCAAUGCACUUCCUGCGAUAUUGUCCUAAUGCGGACAAAAACAAACACAUAACGACCCCGACAUGAAACAAGCCCCCCUACAGUUCGCGCCUUCAUGCUAACGACGUUAAGUGGAAUAGUGAGGGUCCGUGGUGCGCUACGCAAAAGCAAACCUUAACUCGGGGCUUUUUGCGAAGCCGCCUAUUUACAAUACUCUACCAUUACGCAUUGAUUAGCUCCCCCACGGUGAAGCAGCAGAGGAAUUUCUGGGUGCAGAUAUAGGACCACUCCUCUCUCUCUCUCUCUCGCUCUCUCUACUGCAUAUGAUUUUCUCUCCUCUCUCCACAGCCUGGCUGAUGCUUGGUGCUGAAAAAGAGGGGGGAGGGUGGUCUUGCAGUCGACGAGAGGAACAGGACUUUAUUGAGGAGUAUAGCUGCAACGAGAGGGGAAAACGCAUGCAACUGAGCGCCGCUGCCUUUUGCGGAUGGUAACAAGAGGAAGAGGAAAAAGAAAAAAGGGGAAGAAAGGAUCGCGCCGCGGCUGAACGGACACUUUCUGCUGAGAAACUGCCGCUUGAAUUGUUUAACUUGUUGAUGCGACGCUAUUGUACCGUUUUCCUCUAUCGCCGGGCUGCAGUGACAGAUAGAUGGGAGGCGUAAUCGCAAGUGUUCUCCACCGAGGAUAGCUGUUUUAUUUCAACUCCCCCUGGAUACAGUUUACAGAGCAGCCUUUCCUGAGGUGGGUUUUCUUUCACUUCACUAUUGGGGGCAGAGAAAAACACACAUUCUUGCUUAUUGAUGGGUGACGGUCUCGAGAUCCAAUUUAUAUUCUGCCGCAAACUAGGCUCUUCCAUAGCUGAACAGUUCCACUGUGGGUAUAAGGCUGGAGAGUGAUAGGCUGCUCAACAGAGCUAUGCGCAAUAUCAGCACAAGUAAAUGGGUCUGUGUGUUUUCCUAUCAGCUCAGGUGCUUCUGCAGCCUAUAACCACCGCUUGUCUCUGCUGCUCUCCCUGCAGAUGCAAUUCAUCUCCGAGUCGUAGCACUGUGAUCAGCGGAGCGGGGUCGUUUUUGAACCACGAGCACAGGUCAGCAUGGCAGCAGGUGUAGCGGCUUGGCUCCCCUUCGCCCGAGCGGCGGCCAUAGGAUGGAUGCCCGUGGCGAGCACCCCGAUGCCCAUCCCUCCCCAGGAGAGGAAGAAAGCCAAGGACGGACUCAUCAUCCUCAACGUGAGCGGCACCAAGUUCCAGACGUGGCGGAACACUUUGGAGCGCUACCCGGACACUUUGCUGGGGAGCACGGAGAGGGACUUCUUUUUCCACGAGGAGACGAGCGAGUACUUUUUCGACCGCGACCCGGACAUCUUCAGACACAUACUCAAUUUCUACCGCACUGGGAAACUACACUAUCCGCGCCAGGAGUGCAUAGCUGCCUACGACGAGGAGCUCGCCUUCUUCGGCAUCAUCCCGGAGAUCAUCGGGGACUGCUGCUAUGAGGAGUACAAGGACCGGAGGCGAGAAAACGCGGAGAGGCUCCAGGACGACGAGGACUUAGACAAUAGCAAUGACGUCACGCCGGUGAACCUGACGCACCGGGAGUUCCUGUGGCGGGCUUUUGAAAACCCCCACACCAGCACCAUGGCUCUGGUCUUCUACUAUGUCACCGGCUUCUUCAUCGCCAUAUCGGUCAUGGCCAACGUGGUGGAGACGGUUCCGUGCGGGAUUCUGCCCAACAGGUCCAAGGAGCUUUCCUGCGGCGACCGGUACGCGCUGGCCUUCUUCUGUUUGGACACUGCUUGCGUCAUGAUAUUCACCAUCGAGUAUCUCCUCCGCCUGAUCGCGGCCCCCAGUCGCUACAAGUUCAUGAAGAGCGUGAUGAGCGUCAUUGACGUGGUGGCCAUCAUGCCCUACUACAUCGGCCUGGUCAUGACCGACAACGACCAGGUGAGCGGCGCCUUCGUCACCCUCAGAGUCUUCCGGGUCUUUCGGAUUUUCAAGUUCUCCCGGCACUCCGCGGGGCUGCGCAUCCUGGGCUACACGCUGAAGAGCUGCGCCUCCGAGCUGGGCUUCCUGCUCUUCUCCCUCACCAUGGCCAUCAUCAUCUUUGCCACGGUCAUGUUCUAUGCAGAGAAAGGCUCCACGUCCACCAAGUUCACCAGCAUCCCCGCGGCGUUCUGGUACACCAUCGUCACCAUGACAACACUGGGCUACGGUGACAUGGUGCCAAAAACAAUCGUGGGGAAGGUGUUUGGGUCCAUCUGCUCUCUGAGUGGGGUGCUGGUCAUCGCCCUGCCUGUCCCUGUCAUAGUGUCAAACUUCAGCCGCAUCUACCACCAAAGCCAGCGGGCGGAGAAGCGACGAGCCCAAAGGAAAUCGCGGCUUGCUAAAAUCCGUGCUGCGAAGAUUCGAGGCACUAAUGCCUAUAUGCGCUACAAACAAAAUGGGGUCCUGAUCAACUCACUGAAGGAGGCCUCCAAGGAGGCAGGAAAAGCCCUGGUGGCGAAGGCUGCGGGUCCUCCCUUUGAGAUCCAGCACCAUCAUCUGUUGCACUGCCUGGAGAAAACCACGAACCACGAGUUUGUGGACGAGCAGACGUUCCAGGCCAACUGCGUGGAGAUCUCCACGAUGAACAAGUCAGGGUCCCGCAACUCCUCGCUGUCGUCGUCGCCGCACAGACUCAGCUCGUGCUGCUCGCGACGAAACAGGAAGAAGAGCAGCUUCAGCCUGCCCAGCACAAACAACCAGGAGCUCAGCACCAUCCAGAUCAGAGAGAGGCCAGUGGUCAACAGCCGCUCCUGCCUGAAUGCCAAACUCGACGGUACUGUGCCCUUGAAAUGUGACGAAGCUUACAUCACUCCCUCCAUGGUCCGCCUGUCUGCCCCGGUGAUGACCUCAUCGGACGGGGACGGCUCCACAACCGCCAUCGCGUACUCUCAGAGCAACAUUGUCCGAGUAUCUGCCUUGUAGAUGUCACGCUUAU